CCAUUUGGCCUGUGCAAUGCUCCUGGCACCUUUAAGCACGCUAUGAAUCGGAUCUUUCAUGACUACUUAGACAAGUUUGUUAUUGUGUACCUCGAUGACAUACUUAUCUUUAGUAGGACUGUCGAGGAGCACGUGGCACAUCUAGAUAAAGUCCUCAGUCUCCUUCGUCAACACAAGUUCAAGAUUAAUGGUGAGAAGUGCGAAUUUGGCCGCACCCGUAUCUUGUACUUGGGUCAUGAGAUUUCCGCGGAAAGGUUGAAGCCCGAUGACGCGAAGGUGGCCAGCAUUCGUGAUUGGCCACGUCCUCAGUCUGUGACUAAGAUGAGAUCUUUCUUAGGGAUGACAGGCUACUAUAGGACUUUCGAUAAGAACUAUAGCAUAGUGGCCGCCCCUUUGACAGAUCUGACCAACCUUGACACCCCAUGGGAGUGGACAGACAAGUGCGAGGCUGCUUUCAGACAUAUGAAGCAUGCGUUGACGCACUAUGCGGUCUUAAAACUUCCCGAUCCUGACAAGCCAUUUGUAGUUACCACGGAUGCCAGCCAAUAUGGCAUUGGCGCGGUGCUUGCGCAGCAGCAGGGGCCAAAGUUGAGGCCAGUCGAGUACAUGUCCAAGAAAAUGUCGUCUCAUAAGUUGGCAAAGUCCACCUAUGAGAAGGAACUCUAUGCGGUGUACAAGGCUCUGACCCAUUGGAGGCACUAUCUCCUUGGGAGGUUCUUCAUCCUCACGACUGAUCAUCAGACCUUGAGAUGGAUGAGAACACAACCGGUGCUCUCUGACGCUCUAAAGCGUUGGAUCGAAGUCAUUGAGCAGUAUGACUUUGACCCGCAGUAUCUGAAAGGGGAGUACAACAAGGUUGCUGAUGCCUUGUCGCGUAGACCUGAUUUCUCAGGUGCGCUGAUAACUGAAUUCGACCUGACGGACGAUGUAACUCGCUCUUUGGUGGAAGCUUAUCACGAGGACCAGUUUAUGUCUGAGAUCAUACGCAGAUGCAAGGAACAUGAGUAUGGACGAAACACAGAAAUCCAGAAUGCAAAAUCACACUGAAGUCCAAGUAGUCAAACCCAGAGCAGAUAGCACAAUGGAACCGAGUAACCAUCCAAUUGAGAAUGAUACAGAAGAAUCGUGAGUCAAUGUCCAAGCCCAACAGGACAACACCAACAGCAUAACCCAAUGUAGCUCUCUCUUGUGAAUGGCGCUAGGCGCCCUAUCUACUCUAUAGACAAAGCCUACAACUACAGCAAUGAAAGCAACCAGACAAC